AUGUCCUUUACAUCCGACCCCUCAAGAAGCAGCUUCAGGCGAUGCCAUUUAGGCGGCGGGGAUAACAGCGACGUCGAUUCAGGCAUUUCAAGGUCGGAAUCUUCCUUAGUGAAGAAGCUGCCUGAGUUGCUGAGGCGAGCUGUCGCCGAUUGCCUCUCCUCCACCGUUUCCUUUGAAGCUUCCGGAACUCUUCCAGUUGCUCUUGAAUUUCGUGUUGGAUACGGUGCAUGGUACAGGCCGCCCUAUGUACCACCCACGGUGACCAUCGUGUCUUGCUCAAAGCAAGUGAGAUCUCAUUUAUAUAUCAGCACCGAAUCAUGUAUAGUUACAGAAGGGUAUCAUUCAUACGCCAUCAUCGACGCAGAUCCACUGGAUAUUGAGGAUUUUUGCACCAUAACCAGGUCAAUAUUCGCAGCAGCUUAUUUAUGGGACCCUCGCAAGUUCUCCUACAACGACAUUCACAAUGCGAUGGCCGACGGGUUUAAUCUCAGCUACUCGCCUCCCCAGCUGGUCGCCCACCAUGUGAAGUCCGACACAUCUUAUUGGGGUGCGGCGCUAAAUGUUGCAAUGAAUACCGGUGCUGAUGCCGUUUUUAUCUUUGCUCACUUCUUGGCAGCAAAAUUCAUAUUCGGAGCUCCAUGUGUGUUGAUAAUUCUAAUUUAUAAGUGGAUGAGAAGGCACCAAGCAAUGGAUGCAAACAUCGAAAAAUUCCUACAAGCUCACAACAACUUUUUGCCCAUAAGGUACUCUUACUCAGAUAUCAAGAAGAUCACAAAAAAUUUCAAAUACAAGUUAGGUGAAGGGGGAUAUGGUUCCGUGUACAAAGGAAAGCUUAGGAGUGGCAAUGAAGUUGCAGUUAAGAUUUUGAAUAAACCAAAAUCUGAUGGCCUAGAUUUUAUAAGCGAAGUGGCCACAAUUGGAAGGAUCCACCACAUUAAUGUGGUAGAACUUGUUGGUUUUUGUUUUGAUUCUUCCAAACAAGCUCUUGUCUAUGAUUUCAUGGCGAAUGGAUCCUUGGAUAAGCAAAUUGUCUAUAAAGAUGGAGAAAAUUCUCUUGAUUAUAAGAAAAUGCAUGAGAUCUCUCUUGGCAUAGCUAGAGGCAUGGAGUAUUUACAUCGAGGAUGUGACAUGCAAAUUUUACACUUUGACAUCAAGCCUCACAAUAUUCUCCUAGACCAGAGUUUCACUCCGAAAGUUUCUAACUUUGGACUUGCAAGACUUUAUCCCACCGAUCGCAACACAGUAACGUUGACUACAGCAAGAGGAACCUUGGGAUAUAUGGCGCCCGAACUAUUCUAUAAGGACAUUGGUGGUGUUUCUUAUAAAGCUGAUGUUUAUAGUUUUGGGAUGAUGUUGAUGGAAAUGGCCGGCAGAAGGAGAAAUGUAAAUGACGUAGAGGAUUCAAGCAAAAUUUAUUUUCCUUUGUGGGUUUAUGAUCAACUCAGCAAAGCAAAGGAGGUUGAAACUGUAGAUUGCAUUGAAGAAGAGAGAGAGACAACGAGGAAGAUGAUAAUCGUUGCUCUUUGGUGCAUACAAUUGAGUCCUAAUGAUCGACCAUCGAUGAGCCGGGUCCUUAAUAUGCUAGAAGGAGAGAUCAAUGAACUACAACUUCCCCCAAAACCACUUCUAUAUCCGAUGGAGAUGGUGGUUGAUAAUGUUGAGACUGAGAUUGAACUUCAAACUCUCUCAUCUUCUUCAAGUGUUCCAACAAUUUCUAGUGGUCACCGCUAUGAGCACAAUAAUAAGAUUGCGGAAUCUUGUUUGGUGUGA